CUUGCUUUCCAGAUCGUCACUGGAGUGCAGGGCACGCCCCCUCCGGGAGGCUAUGUAAAGAGGAGGUGGUGUGCGACUUUCUGCAAAGAGAGAGGAGAAACUCGGAAGGAGAAGGAGGGAGGCAGUCGGCAGCCCGAAUCCCCUCCCUUCCCUUUACUCGGGAUGUCUGGCAGCUUGGGGACAGUGACCUGGACCCUGUUCCUCCUCCUCCUGGCACCUGGCUGGGUCGACCCGCAGGCCUGCACGUAUCCAUGCCAGUGUCCCUCCCAGCCUCUGCAGUGCCCCGCUGGCACCAGCCACGUCUUGGAUGCCUGCGGCUGCUGCAAGGUGUGUGCCCGGCAGCUUGGCGAGCUCUGUUCCCCGCAGAAACCCUGCGAUCAUCACAAGGGACUCUACUGCGACUUCUCCAAAAUCCACAGAGGCAGUGGGAUCUGCUUAGCUCACGAGGGCGCGACUUGUGACCUGCUGGGCAAGAUCUACCACAACGGGGAGAGCUUCCAGCCCACCUGCAAGCUGCAGUGCAUCUGCAUGGACGGGGCCAUCGGCUGCAUCCCGCUCUGCUCCGACGACCUGCGACUGCCGUCCCCUGAGUGCCCCAGCCCGCGGCGGGNNNGCCGAGUAGCUCGUGGGAUGGAUCAGACCUUUGCUGCUGUUCCUGAAGAGUUAGACCAAGUUGGGAGCAGUCACGGAGCUGCCACACAUUGUCCCAAGCCCUGAACCUUGCCUUGUGGCUCAGUUUUCAGGGAGGAUCCAGCACACAAGCCAGAGCUGAAUAACCUGCAGGAGAACUGCUUGGUGCAGACCACCGAGUGGAGCGCUUGCUCCAGGAGCUGUGGCAUGGGCAUCUCGGCCCGAGUGACCAAUGACAACCCCCAGUGCCGCCUGGAGAAGGAGACCCGGCUCUGCAUGGUCCGGCCCUGCGACUUCCCCAUGGAGAAGACCAAGAAGGGGAAGAAGUGCAUGCGGACCCCGAAGCCACGCCAGAGCCUCCACUUUGAGUUUUCAGGCUGCACCAGCACCCGUUCCUACCGGCCCAAGUUCUGCGGGAGCUGCACGGACGGCCGCUGCUGCACCCCGUACGUCACCAGCACCGUGGAGGUGGAGUUCCACUGCCCCGAGGGGGACUUCUUCCAGCGGAAGAUGAUGUUCAUCAAGAUGUGCUCCUGCCACUACGACUGUCCCCGAGACAACGACAUCUUCCUGGCCACGUAUCACCGGAGGAUGAUUGGGGACCACGUCAAGACAGAGACGCAGUAG